ACAUGUGAAGGGAUCAGGCAACCUUACAGUGAUGUCAAGGAGAGGAGGGCUAGUAUGGUUACUGUAGGGACAGGGUAAAGCUUUCAUCAUCCAUUAUUCGACAGAUGAACUCUGAUCAAGGACUUCGUGAUGACCCAAUGGACGACUGUCCACUGACCCUCAGUUGAUCAUCUAGGAGCCACAUCGCUCUGUGUGCUCCACACAUCACAGCUCCAUCAUGGGAGACAUAGUCCAGAUGCACUUCGGCACGGUGGAUUACGUGAUUUUCGGCGUGCUGCUGGUGGCCUCCACAGGAAUCGGCCUUUACUAUGCGUUCUCGGGGGGUCGGCAGAGGACUAUGCAGGAGUUUUUGCUUGCCGACCGUAACAUGCGCUGUCUGCCGGUGUCCCUGUCACUACUGGCCACCUUUCAGUCAGCCGUGGCAAUCCUGGGAGCCCCUUCUGAGAUCUACACGCAUGGCACGCAGUACUGGUUUCUGGGAUGCUCAUAUUUUCUAGGCCUGCUAAUCCCAGCACAUAUAUUUAUACCAGUUUUCUAUCGACUACGUGUCAGCAGUGCUUAUGAGUAUCUGGAGCUUCGUUUCAGUAAAAGUGUUCGGAUAUGUGGCACGAUGACGUUCAUCUUUCAGAUGGUGAUCUACAUGGGAGUGGUUCUGUAUGCUCCAGCACUUGCACUCAAUGCUGUAACUGGUUUUGACCUUUGGGGGGCAGUGCUGGCAAUGGGAUUGGUGUGCACGCUUUAUACAACACUGGGUGGUCUGAAAGCUGUUAUCUGGACAGAUGUGUUCCAGACAAUCGUGAUGUUUGCGGGGCAGUUGGCUGUGAUCAUAGUGGGUACUCACCAGGCAGGUGGCAUCUCUGAAGUUUGGAGAAAAGCACAAAAUGGCAGUCGUAUCUCAGGGCUAAACCUGAAUCCUGACCCUUUAGAAAGGCACACGUUCUGGACUCUGGGUGUAGGGGGCGUUUUCCUCAUGCUGGCGCUGUAUGGAGUAAACCAGGCUCAGGUCCAAAGAUACCUCAGCUCCCGCACAGAGAAAGAAGCAAUCAUGUCAUGCUAUGCGGUGUUUCCAUGCCAACAGAUCGUGCUCACGUUGGGAUGUUUAAUGGGUCUGGUUAUGUACGCUCGCUAUGGGGAGGAGAGCCCGCUGGAUCAAGGCUAUGUCAAAACUAAUGACCAGAUGGUGCUGUACUUUGUGAUGGAUGUAUUAAGAGAUCUUCCUGGUUUGCCAGGACUGUUUGUCGCCUGCCUCUUCAGUGGUGCUUUAAGUACAAUCUCAUCUGCCUUCAACUCCCUGGCAACAGUUACCAUGGAAGACCUGAUCAAACCUCACGUCCCACCCAUGACUGAGGCCCGUGCCACCAUGCUAUCAAAACUCUUGGCUCUUGGCUAUGGAUUUGUGUGUUUGGCUAUGGCGUACCUUGCUUCUUUAAUGGGCUCUGUGCUGCAGGCAGCACUCAGUAUAUUUGGAAUGGUGGGAGGGCCUCUUUUGGGUCUUUUUUGUCUCGGGAUGUUUUUCCCAUGUGCCAAUUCCACCGGUGCUCUGGUUGGGCUGGCAGCUGGGCUGGUCAUGGCUUUCUGGAUUGGUAUCGGAAGUUUCAUCUCACGAAUGCCCACAUCUGUAGCACCUAUGAUAAAUGCCACCGCCUUUCCUGAGAUUGGAAACAUGACGACCGCCAUCAUGACCACACUCAUCACAACUAAACCUAGGCCAACUGGUGUUCAGGCUCUGUAUUCUUUAUCAUACAUGUGGUACAGCGCUCAUAAUUCAACAACUGUUGUGGUGGUGGGACUAUUGGUCAGCUUCCUCACAGGGCCCUGGAAGGAGAAACAGUUGAACCCAGGCACGAUUUACCCCGUACUGGGCAAUUUGCUUUUCUUUCUGCCCCAACGCUACAAAGAGAAACUCUGCUGCGUUACCCCAUUGGGAUACAAGCCUAAAGGUGCACAGCCUUAUCAGAUGGCACAGAAAGAGAAGAAUGGCGUUGCCUGCACUGAUGAUGAAGACAAGCUCAGGGAAGAGGAGGCCGAACAGGGCACCGCCCAGCCUACCUGCAACAUUGUCCAUACGGUGCAGGAAACAGCCUUGUAAAAGGUCACUCACUACAUCACGUCAACGUACUGAAGGGCCACUUCAGUCUCAUAUAAGCCCUGGUGGCCACGAAAAUGGCCCUCUGCAAUAUUGGUACGCUGUGCCCCAAACUGCCAAUGAUUUAGGUUUUGGUACUUGAUGAUGUCACUGGUCCGUGUCAUUAUUUGAAAGUAGUUUACAAGACCUGAAUUUAAUCUCAAGAGUACUUUAUAAUCAAACACUGCUCAGUCAUGAUAAGCACACGCGCACAAAUAAAAAAAAUAACACUGUUGAAGUCAAGUUUGAGGUGGGUGGUGUAUCACUAGAUGGACCACGGUUUGCACAAUUCCUCAAACUUUGACUGUCGGCUGUUGUUUAAUGUUAGUGCCAGUUGCCAGGUUUGGGAUCCUUGGCUCCCAAAAAUGUUGUUUUGUCCAAAGUUCAUAACCGCUAGCCUUUCUUUCCUGUAUGCCUUCGAAAGUGCUACAGAUGUGUUAGUUCACUAAACCAAGUUCACGUUUACAUCAAAAGAAAAUUGCCAAUACUUCAAAUGGAAGAGUAGUUCACUUUUAGCUUGACGUUUAUGAAGACACCACCUACGAUGAAAAAGUGUCAUAAUUGUUGUAGAUGUUGUGAAUCUAAUGCAUGUCAAAUCUAUCUCAUGUCAGAUCUCUAAUCCCCUCAUUGAAGUUCGUGGUAAGUGCCUCCUCAUAUGAAUGUAUCACGUUCAGUAGUUUUGUGACUGUAGUUUGUCGAUUUUUAGCUUUGUCCAGCUAAUAGGACCUCUGAAUUCCCAUAAUGCACUGUAUAAAAAAAUAACUGGAUAACUGUCCCUGUAGCAUCUCAGAAAGUUUAACUUGUCAAGAUCAAAUAGUAUUUUAAUUUAUUUAGGUUAAGUCAAGUGUAGUAAUGUUAUUAUUUAUAAUGUAGAUUGUUCUUUGGAAGUCAUAAUAGCAUCUUAUAUAUGAUAUAGACUUUAAAUAUAAAGCUGAAGAUGCUUGUUAUAACACAACGAGUAGAUUAACUGCAUAGAAUUGAGACGUAUUUAAAAACGAUUGAGCGAAAUGAUCAAAGAAAUUAUUACUUUCAUUGCAUAUGAAUUGAUUCGGUUGCACUAGUUUCUUGUAAUUUAGUUUUUUUAAUGUAAGAGAAAUUAUACAGUAUAGCGAUAUUUUCUCUAUGCUUUGCCGUGUAGUCGAAAUUCAGACCUCAGUCCAUUUGUAGAUGCUAUAGACAUUUGUGGGAUGUCUUGUAUUGUGCCUGCCUGUGGUUAAUGAAAGCUUUGUCUGAUCCGUCAGGUUAACAAUAUGCCGUGUUUGCCGUUUGCUGAACUUUCACAUUUGUUUAUUGUCAGUGCUUCAUGUUCGUCUGAAAACACGUUUUAGUUAUGCAUUUGUGCAAACACUCAUUUUCAUAAUGAAUUAUGUUCAUUAUGUGUAGAAUCAGAAGGGGUUGUUCACACAGCAGAUGCAUCCAAAUUAAGAGUUUGGUUCCAAAAAAAAAAAUUUAAAAAACGCCAAAAUCAGUAUUGUAUUUGGUCAGUAUUAAAAAGUAAAUUCUUUAUUUUAUGCAAAAUCCGAUAUCCGCCAUGUUAUUCUGUCAUCUUUUCUCCCUUUUUUCCAAACCAUGACAAACGCCAGUCCAACUUCUCUGCAGAAUGCAAUACAUCCGCUUAAACAAAUAACAGCGCACCAUUCCAAACAUUGUAAACAAUAAUGGCGGCACUUCAAAUACACACGGAAUCCUAGCUUUUUCUCAUAUACUUUGUACUAUUUGAUCAGCAAACAAACAAAAAGAAAAUAGUAAUUUUGAUGGCAUUGAUAAACCUGUGGUGUUUUUUUUUUUUGUGGCGGGGAAGAAAUGUAAGCCAUUAAAAAUCUAAUAAUUUACAUGAGAGGCACUCAGGCAACGGAAAAAUGCCGGCUGUUGCUUGUUCUCACACGACAGCAUUAAGCUUCUGUCAUGCUAACACAUUGACCCCAGGGGUUCUUGUAAAAAACUUUCCGUUAUUUUACUCGAAGUUAACGAAAAUCGAGCAGGACCAAAACAUUUUACAGCUGAUCGCUGUCAAAAAAGUCGCUGUCAGCGACGACGUCCCAAGGAUGAUAGCAGCAAUGACAGUGUUCUUAAUAUGACAAAGUAAGUGUUUUGAUUAAUGUCAUUAAUGUUUAUUUUUUUAAUCAGCGUAUACCACUAGUCAACUAAAUUAAUAUAACAUGGCAAAGAUUAAUGCACAUUUAUAUAUUGAUUCAAUAGAUUUAUAACAUUUAAAAAAAAACUUCAUGGAUUUAUUGCAUUGUGCGGAAAAAAUAAUCAGUUUUAUAAUUAAUCUUUGUAAAUCAAAUUAUGGAUUUGAAUUUUUCAUGUUAUUAUAACCUAAAGAUGCUAUGUAAAAAAGUUUGUAACAGAAAAUAGUGGUUUUCAUCUUGUCACUUUCUUGGUAUAGAAAACACGUUUAUUUAUUUAUGGAUUUAUUGCGUUUUGGAACCAAACUCUUCAAAUAUAACCUUGAUAUCUUUAUUAUUGACUGAGUAAAGUCAUGUCGAAGAUUAAAAUCAAUGUGAAAACAUUGACUGAAAUCAAACUUUGAUGCUCCUAAUCUUUUUAUGAGAUUGUAAGUCUACUGGCAGUUUUUUUUUAAUGGAAAAGCUUUAAAGGGGCCAUGGCAUGAAAAUCUGACUUUUUCCGUGUUUAAGUGCUUUGAUUGGGUCCCUAGCGCUGCUAUCAACCUAGAAAAUUUGAAAAAGAUCAACACAGUAACUUAGUUUUGGUAAACCAUUCUCUACAAGCACAUUAAAAAAUAGGUCGUUGAAAUUUGGCUCUCCUUAUGAUGUCAUAAGGAGCUCUUAUUAUAAUAAUACAACCCCUUAAUCCAACCACGGCACUGCCAUUUAGUGCAGAGAGAAAAUAAUUCACAGAACAAUUGAGUUUCAAUUUCAACAAACCACCAUCAUUAGGAUCACCCAAAACGGCACAUUUUUGCACACACCUACAAAGUGGCAAUUUUAACAUGCUAUAAUAAAUUAUUUAUCUGGUAUUUUGAGCUAAAACUUCACAUAUGUGCUCUGGGGACACCAAAGAUUUAUUUGACAUCUAAAAAAAGUCCUGUGACAUGGGCCCUUUAAUAACACAAAUGUGACUGUGGACUACAAAACCAGUCAUAAAUCGCAUAGGUAUAUUUUUAACAAUAACCAACAAUACAUUGUAUGAUGAAAUGAUCUUAAAUAAAUAUGGCAUUGUAAAUAUAUCAAAAAAGAAUUUAUCAUUAGUAAUAUGUAUUGCUAAGGACAACUUUACAGACAAUUUUCUCAAUAUUUAGGUAAUUUGCACCCUCAUAUUCCAGAUUUUCAAAUAGUUGUAUCUCAUGCAAAUUUUAUUCUACCCUUACCAACCAUUUAUCAAUAGAAAGCUUAUUGUUUUUUACAAUUUAAAAAAAUUGACCCUUAUGACUGGCCCAUGAGACUUUUUGUGUCCAUGGUCACAUAUGCCACCACAAAGCAAAGCGUGUCUGGUGUGAGCGGCCCCUAUUUUUUUUACCUCCAAUCACUUACAGACCCAUCUACAUUUUAUGUGUAUCAUCUAUGGGGUGAAUUAACCAUGCCAUCAAUUUUGAGGCUAACAGUAUUAGAUGCAGAACCGGACAUUUGUUGGUUAGGCGAUCGUAGUUGGCAAAUAUCUUAAAGACAGCAAAUAUGUUUUCCAUUUUUAUCAUCGGAUUCUCAUUGAAAGUCAUUCUUUCUUUCUUUGAAUUAUAUAGUCGUCUGUUUAUUUUAUGUAAACAAAAAAACUCUUUUCAUUUUUACUUUUGCUAACUUGAUCAUUCCAAUCACAACGGGUUUAGUACAGCCAUAGCCUACAUUUAGUGUAAUAUGUGACCAUUUCUCAUAAGCACUGUUCUUGUAUUCAUAGACUUGUAGAGCUGUUUAUCCAUUAUUAUUGUCUAGAGUAUUACGUGGAUCAGUUGUCACCUGUCACACCAGAAAUUACUUGAAUUACGUGUGCUAAAUGCUUUCCUAAAACACCUGAAUUUGUCCUUCAAAUGAAGCAUUAUCUCUAUUAUCUGUCACACUGAGAAAGAUAUAAAUGUGAAGUACUACGGUUCCCUAGAACCAAAAUCAAGAACUGCCAUAGAUACACAAAAUAUUUCAUCUGAAAGUAUUUUGUUUCUCUCUAGAGAGUGUUUUUAUAUAAUUCAUGUCCCCUAUGAGUGACUCUAUUGCCACAAUGUAAACUUGCAUAAGAACUGGCAAAUGUGCUGUGGCAUAUAAGACUUAAGAAAGGAUCAAACUGUGCUAUCCUACAAUCUUAUUGAGCCUGAGAAUCAAUCUUGGGCGACUUCUGCGAGCUUCACUGUGAGACUUGUUUUUUAUGACAUUUUUGAAGUAGGCUACUUACUUUAUAUGGAGAGUGCACAAUUCUCAGUACAACCAAAAUAAAUAUUUCGACACCUAAUAUUUAUGUUUAUAUAAAUAUUAUGAGAAUAUUUAUUUUUUUAUCUAAAGUUUUUUUUUUUGACCAAAUAUGCAUUCCAAAAAUACCACAAGCAAUGGAGUCGGACCAGCUUCAUUGCUUUGGCUGUGCCUUCACUUUUGUGUCUCUUUAUUUGAUUGGUCACGAAAGUUCCCGCCAAGAACUUUCCACUAUGUGAAAGAGACUCAGUUGUAUUGACCUGCAAAGCGUCUAUAGCGAUGAUACUUUAAUAAAUAUACUGUAGAUCAAUGCCGAAUAGAGGAACAGUUGUUCUUAGCCACACUAUUGGGCAUUACUUGUGAACACUCAUUUUCCUCUCAAUGAAUUGUUUGUAAUGAGAAAGAUUAUAAAUUUGUCUUGAUAAAUAAAAAAUGUCUUCCUGGC